AUCCUCCUGACCUUGGUCGUUCUUUCGCUUCUCCGAACGCCGGAACUACAGUAUGGCAGCAAUACAGAGGUUUGGAUUUCAGAAAACUUUGGUAAAAUCAGCUCUGAGGGGCUUAAAAACGAGAACUACGUCUCCUUAUGUCCUCAGCUCGCUAUCUACACAAUCGCUGCACAAAAGGAAUUGUAAGUUUAGUUUAUAUUCGCUUCAUUUUCGAGUGUAUAAUGACCUAUAACAGAGCCGGCGCGAUUGACACAAAUUUAUUUGUCACACGUGUUUAGAUUCUGAUGGGGGGAAAAUCAAAGUCGAUGGAUCUGUCGUCGAGUUGGACGGAGACGAAAUGACACGAAUUAUUUGGGAGAAAAUUAAAGAAAAGGUAGUUAUAGUAAAAACGAUGUUCAAGGUUUAACUAAAGUGUAUUAAAAUUAUUGUUUAUGUAAUUACGUGUCCCAUGUGACAUGUGUAUUGUCGAUUUCAAGGUUGCAAUUUCAACAUUCUAUGGACAAUUAAAAGCAAUAGUAAAAGUCUGUCACGCAAUUUUUAGUGUGGGUUUUGUAACUGGAAUUUUUGAGGUUAAGUUUGAUUUCGCAAGCUGUAAAGAGAAGGGAAUAUUAAUAUUGUAGGCUUAAUCUGAAUAAGGAAAUAUUAGGAAAUUUAAAUUCUGUGAUAUGAAACUGUUGGCACACUUGUAAAUGUACAAAGUUAACUUUUAAUAGUCUGUCUGUGAAUGAGACAGCAAUAAGUUGAAUAAAGCCUGGUUCACAUAUGCCUGCGACUGUAUCAUUAUGCCUCUACUUGCCGCCGAAAUACCGGCAAAGUUGAACUCAAGUCAACUUUCCCGGGCUACCGCCGAUGUAACUGUGGCACUGGAGGCAAUCGGCGAACAAAUAUUCACAUAGUUUACGUUUUAAGCUACCGCCGGCAUCGUCGCAGGCACGUCGCAGGCAUACUGUAUAUGUGAACCAGGCGUAAGACAGACCAUCUGUCUAUCUGGAGGAACAAACAUCAGACACUUCCCUCUUAACAAGUAGAAUUGACAGAAUUUUUUGACAGAUUUAAAGGCAAGGUGAAAUGGAUUAGGGUUCAUUGCAACUUAAUAUGUUAAUAUCAGUCAUAAAUGUUGAAGGAAACCUUGCAGUACUGGCUUCACCUUAAUCUGGUUUACUUAUUACUGUUGAUUUCAAUUUGCUUUUGAAAUAUGACUUUGAAUGUUAAUUUCGGAACAUUUGUUGCAAAAUUUCCAAAAGUUGUUUUUAUUAAAGUUCAUUCCGAUGAUUUACAAUGAUUCAAGAGUAAGCAAUUUGAUUGGCUGGCUUAUUUAACCAACCAGGGUGCAUUCCAUGCAUGUUCUCUGGACGAUCUUCCGCAUGAGUUUUGGAUUGCUGACGCACAAUCACGUCGAAGUUCUGUUGGCGCACAAGUUUUGAGUUUUGGUGGUUGGCGCAGCAUCAAAUGUUCAAGCGAGACUUUGAGUAUUAAUAAUUGCCUGGUGAUUGGAUUGGCCUCUAUAAUUCUUUAAGGACUCAAGAAAUUUGUGUGCCUGGUUGUGUAAGAGUAGCUAAAUGGUGGUUAUAACUUAUGAUACAACAGUAACAACACUUGUCAUUGCUCAUCAGCAAAACAUUUUUUUCAUCAGUUACACACCUUUUUAGCAAGUUUCAAUUUUAACCAACUAACUAAUGAAAAAAUCAUGGUGCCCGCGAUCAGCCGGCGCACAAUUAUACAUCAUUGGAAUGAACUUCGAAUCAAACUUUGGAAGAUUCCAAACUUCUAAACAAACAUUCAAAGUCAGAUUACAAAAGCAAAUUGAAAUUGAAAAUAAAAUCUAACAUCCCUGAACAAGUAGCCUAAAUGUGCAAGUUUGAUAGGGACUUUAUCCAUUGAUGUAAUAAAGUAGGGUGCAUCAGGGCACAAUGCAGCUUAAGGGGUUAAUCUAUAAAACUGCUUUAUUAUGAUUUAUUGUAGCUUAUUCUUCCAUAUCUUGAUUUGGAUAUCAAAUAUUAUGAUCUUGGUCUACCGUAUCGAGAUGAAACUCGUGACCAGGUGACAAUUGAAGCUGCAGAGGCCAUCAAGAAGUAUAAUGUUGGGAUUAAGUGUGCUACAAUCACUCCUGAUGAAGCAAGAGUGAAAGGUACUGUACAUAUUAGGUUUUAGUUCAAUAUGAAAUGAUAUAUUAAAAUCUCCAAUUUGUUAAAUUCUAAUGCUUUAUUCACUAACAGUUUUGGCACAGUAGUUCCAAAUUAGCAUUUUGUAUAACGUCUUAAGGCCUAAAAAAAUACCUGUGGUUCCGGUUUCCCGACCAACCCUAUUUUUUUCCGCUGCAGCCCUCGAAAACGAGGUCGGCAUUCGCCAAUGCCAGGUCGGCAAAUUUUUGCCAACCUUAAUUUAAGGUAAGACUCCAAAAGGAAACCCGUCGUGUUACUGUAGUUCGCGUUUCCCCGGCAAAAGGUGAUUACUAGUGCUCCAAGACAUGGAAACAGAUUUUUAAAAAUGCCGAGACGUGUCGACCUAUGUCAGAUUUAGGUCGACCUCGUUUUCGAGGGUGCUGCCAACCAUAUUAUUUUUUCAGUGUGAUUAUUUAACUGUGCAACCCUAUUUUCUCCGGGUGGUUGACUGGUUGCGGCAGGGGUGUGUAUUCUUCUAUAAUCCCCCCUGGGGGGGGGGAAAGGAAUCAAAGGGUCUUAGGGCCAGAGAAGAAAUUCAAAGAAGAGUGAAAAAGAAAGGAAGAGAAGGGAAAGGAAAAGAAAAGAAAGAGGGAAAAGAAGAGAACAAAGCCUGGAAAAGAAAGGAAAGGGCAAAAGGAAAAUGAGGGGGCAAAAGGAAAAGAAGAGAAAGGACAAGGGAUGAGAAUGAAAAAGAACUGACUCACAGAGAAAACUUGGGGAUCAGUCUCAUAUUAUGUCGGCAAGGAGGGGGAGGGGUAUAGAUGAAGUAUGACUUUUUAUGGCAAGAGGAAGGGGAAUUGGAACAUAAUGUCAAUAUUUAAAUCAAAAUUUUAAAAAAGUGAAUAUAUAUAUUAAUGUUUGUGAAACUAAAAACGUUUGUUAAAAAAUGAGAUGCAGAAGUUCUAAAUAAACUGAAAAAUUUGUUGUCAAAAUCAGCAUUGUAACAUCAUUUUUCUAUGUCUUGAACCAAACGUUUCUGCGAAAAUAAUUCUUUAAAUCGUAGGAAAAUUACUGGAAUAGUAAAGGUGGAGCCGACAGACUCCGAUGCCGCGACCAAAUUUCUUCAAGAUACAGGGAAGAAAAUCAAAGCUGAAGAGAGGGGGGAGGGGAAGAAAUCAAAGGUCACUGAAGAAUAUACACCCCUGAGUUGCGGGCUGCUCAUACAGUGUGCCAAAAUGGUGUCUGUUGUCAUACUAAUUAUUGAACCAAAUUGCCUAAAUUCAUCCAUAGGAAAUACGCAUCUCUAGUUAAUAUUGAUGUUGGGACUCUGUGUACUGAAAAUCGCCCAGCAAAAAAAACACUAAAAUUUACCCUUGCAUUUUUCGAAUGCAAACCGCAAUGGACCUUUCACCUUUUGACUAAAAUUUAGAUCUCAACAAGUCUAGACAAAAAUUCCAUCACAGCUUGAAAGAGCAUCACAAAAUUAGUAAUAUUCCAAAGUUUCGUUGCGAAAUGUUGUAAAAUGCGGAUAAUAAUAGCCCUGCGAAGUUUGCAAUUUUCAGUCAUUUUGUAUUACGCGCGGGAAAUACAUACCCUUUUUCCGAAGGUGGUAUGUAUUUCCCGUGCGUAAUACAAAAUGACUGAAAAACGGCAAACUUCGCAAGGCUAUAUUUUCCGCAUUUUACAACAUUUCGCAACGAAACUUUGGAAUAUUACUAAUUUUGUGAUGCUCUUUCAAGCUGUGAUGAAAUUUUUGUCUAGACUUGUUGAGAUCUAAAUUUUAGUCAAAAGGUGAAAGGUCCAUUGCUGCUGAUAAAUGAAGCUGAAAAUGAAAUUACUGUUGGCAGUUUUUUGCUAAUGAUGAUUUUUAUGGGCAUUACUUUAAUUAGUUCAAUUGAUUCUUCUAAAAACUUUGCUAGCUGCUAUAUAUGUUUAUGAACUGAGGCUGGUUGUUCGAAAGCCAGUUAGCUUAAUCCUAGGUUGAUGAAACUUUCAAAGCAAUCUUCCCAUCAGCCUGUUUAGAAACAUGAAGAUAGAAGUUUCACAAUUCAUGUCUUCAUCAAUAGAAGUUUUAUUUUCCCAAGUUUUGAAAUAAGCAGAAGGUCAAAUUAGGACACAAUGCAACUUACUGUAAUGGGUUAAAAAUGAAAGUUACUGUAAUUUUAAGUUGUUUUUCCUUAUUAUUCUGCUUAUUGGUCAUGUUUUAGAAUUUGUUCAUUAAUUAACCCAUUAAGCUGCAAUGUGCCCAAAUGCACCCUAGUUGAUCAUUUUACUGUACUCUGUCUAAUGCCAGGCCUUUUACUCGUCAGGGGAAGAAUCAUGCACUUUAAAGGGUUAACAUAAUUACAUAAAAUACGAGGUAGUACUGUAUUCUAACUAUCCAAACCACUUGUGUACUGUACAGAGUUUCAAUUGAAAAAGAUGUGGAGAAGUCCAAAUGGUACAAUCAGGAACAUCCUUGGUGGUACUGUGUUCCGUGAACCAAUCAUUUGUAAAUCUAUUCCAAGAUUGGUGCCUGGCUGGGAGAAACCCAUUGUGAUUGGUCGUCAUGCUUUUGGUGACCAGG